UCAGUUUUCAAUCGGACGUCCAGAAGUUAAGAAGUCAAACAAACGGCGAAGUCGCUUGCAGUGCGUCGCGCGCGUGAUCCUUUGGAAUAAAUUACUUUACUUGUGAUGUGGAUGUGAGAGGAAGAUAACGGGUUGAACGACAGUAACGAAAGCGAUUAUUUGCCAAUCGAAACAAAGCCGACUACAUGGAAUCCUUGGCGAGGAGUAUGAUUUUCGUGGCAUUCUUUUUGGGCUGCUUCGCUCUGGUUGCGAACCGGAAUGCCCCAGUUAGUGGAAUUAAUUCGCAAGUGCAGAACAGAUUGGAUACGCUUGCAACGGAAAAUAAUUUGUUGGAUGCUGUUAAGUUUGCAGAAGAUGUGAUUGAAAAGUCCAAACGCAUGGAGUCCACGAUUGCAGGUUCUAGGGUGAAGGUGACCAAGGGAAGCACUUCCUAUGCGCAGGCCAUCGAUGGUUAUUCAACUCCUAGUACCCAGAGACAGGACUACGUAGCGAGGACCGUGCUGAAGGCUACUUCAUUUUUCCUGAAUACCCAUUGUAAGCCACAGGGAAUUUCGCCCCACGAGUGCGGAUUGUAUUUGAGCCACAAGCUGAUACCGAAGAGCAAGUUGCUAGAGAAAUGCUCUAACAUAGUGAAUGCUAAGACAUUUAACGAUGAAUAUCGUCGUAUGCUGCCAGCAACUUACCAUGAUGGAAUUUAUCAUUUCCGGAAAAGUGUUGAAGGUGGUGACCUGCCGUAUCCCAGGAGCAUUUCGAGCAAAUUUCAUGGUGCUCUUGGCCAAAAUCACAAAGACAGUAAACACAGCGUAGCAUUAGUCCAGUGGACACAGUUCAUCGAGCACGACCUUGCUAAAUCUACAGUUCAAACGAUGCAUGACGGAACCGACAUUGAAUGCUGUACUGCAGAUUUCAAUGCAGUUAUGCCGAGGUAUCUUCAUCCUGCUUGUAAGCCAUUGUACAUUGCUGAUAAUGACACCCACUACAAAACACACCGCGUAACCUGUUUGAACUAUGUGCGAAGUGCCCUAUCCCUCGGAGAUACCUGCAAUCUUGGACCUGCAAAUCAACUGAAUCAGGCAACAAACCACUUCGACCUGUCCCAGCUGUACGGAAACCACGAGAGCGAAACCCUCCCACUCCGAAGCCACCGAGGAGGCAAGCUGCGAUCACAAUCGUUCGAUUCCACUGAAUAUCUACCGGAAAACGACGACAAGAAGCUCUGCCUAGUCAAUGCCACAUUGGACGCAAUCUGUUACGCGUCGGGAGAUUCUCGUGUCAACAUUAAUCCAUUCAUUACACUGCUUCAUACGCUCUUCCUGCGGUCACACAACCGCAUUGCGAAACACUUGGCAGUGAUUAAUCCCGACUGGGACGAUGAACGAUUGUUCCAGAUGGCGAGAAAGGUCAACAUACGUAUCUACCAGAAGAUUGUCCACGAAUGGACACACACCGUGUUGGGUAGUUCCGUGGAAACCGACCAUUCCGGCAGCAAAGAACCCCGUGUAAGUAACGAGUUCGCAACGGCAGCUAUCCGCUUCUACAACUCGAUGAUGCCCGGGGAAAUUGCAAAUCCAUCCGCAAUCACCAGUCGAUAUUCGGCAUUCGACAUGGAAGACCUAUUCUACAAACCCAAAGACCUUCGUAAAAAGGAGUACUUUAACCAUUUGAUCAGCUCCGUUCUGCAGCAGAAUGCAAUGUCCUUGGAUACCAGCUACGUGGAUGAUGUGGCACAUUUACUGUUCAAAACGCGUAACGUUGGUACGGACGUGCUUGCGUUGGACAUUCAACGAGGUCGAGAUCACGGUUUGAGCAGCUACACAAACUACUACAAACACUGCACCGGUAGAUCUAUCAACUCGUGGGAAGACCUUUCCGGAACUGUCAAGCCAUCGGAUUUGGAGAAGCUUAAGGCAGCCUAUGUUUCAGUGCGAGAUAUCGAUCUGAUCGUAGGUGCAAUAGCCGAGAAGCCUGCCUCCGCGGAGGCACUGGUCGGUUCAACUCUGGCCUGCAUUAUCCGGGAUCAAAUGGCCCAUUCCUUCGGUGAUCAUCACAGCCAGCAGCACCGACAAAUCGACAGCCUAUUGGUCAACUAUUCAGGUGCUCGGUUCCUCUGCGAUACGGCACUGGUGUCGCGUGUGCAGCAAAACAUUUUCCGGCUGCCUGCGGUCGACAACCCUCUGGUGCGUUGCACGCAGCUUCCCACGUUGGAUCUGAGCACCCUGCGGGAGAUUCAUCACUAGACUAUAAAUUAUUUAUGAGCCAUUUAUUCUCGCGAUGAACGGUGACGAUGGCGGCGGCGGCGACAAGGAAGUGUAUGUAGCAUGUUGUUUUCGUCGUAAGAAGCAACUUUCAUCCAUUGCCGUUUCGAUAGUGGUCGAAAUGAAGCAAACAGUUAAAAGACUCGUUUCGCUCGAAGAAGAAAGAAGCCAUACCGCAGAAAUGAAAAUAAAAUUCUCAUUCAUUAUUACAUGGAGGCAGAAUGCCAUGUAAACACUUAUACAUGACUGUUAUAGGCAGAGCCGUUCGGAAACGUAUCUCUAGUUUAAUUUAGCUGUAACCUUUUACUACGUAGUGUUUAUUUUGUUCACUUGAAUAAAACCUGAUAAGCUACUUGGCUAGUUUACAUACCAGUGUGAGACUGAUCAGCGCA